AUGUUGGAAAGUUUCUGCAUCGAUUUAAUCAACGAGCUCUUCUUAACAAAAUAUAAGUUUCUCCUGGCGAUGAAACUUAACAGUAUGCUGAGUGCAAAAUGCCAGAGUUACGCGGAGAAGGAAGCUGAGAAAGAUGGCCCCGAGGGGGAGUCCCCAUCGUGUGUAGGAAGUUCUACUCCGGUGCCUCAUGUGCAGGAGAAAUACAACUACGCCAAUUUUUGCGAAUUAAAAAAGAAAGAAAUGAGGAAACAAAAAAUAAAAAAAAAUAAUUUCAAAAGGUUAAGAAAAUAUGUAGGGGAUUUAAAGGAGCACCGUGGAGUGGAUUGUCUGGAAGGAGAAAAGGACCAGCCGCCUAUCUGCGAAGCGACAUGUAUGAUGAGCACCGGUCAGGGGGACACCUCCAACGACUCUGCGCCACGUGACUGUGCGCCGCGUAACUGCACACCGCCGCUACUAACCCUGCGCAGUAAAAAAAUCGCAGUGGGAAGAAAAACCAUCCUGUUUCACCAAAAGGAAGGGUGCAUUUUAAAAAAAAAAAAAAAUUCCCCCUGUGCAGAAGACGGUGGAAGGAGAAAAGUCCCAAUGGCAAGUCCUCCACUUGAAAAAUCACGAAACAAACAGAACGUUGACCAUCACGUGAGGAUGCUAAAUGAUGAAUUGAGCGAGUAUAUCAGCAAAGACUUUUACCCAUUUCUACCGCUGUACAAUUUUGAGCAAGAGCCCCUACCGCCCAACAGAAACAGAAUAAAUGUUCUCAUCAGUAAAGAAAAAAUGAAUAACAUUUCAAGAAACAGAAAGAAAAUAAAAGGUACACUACGAGGGGGAUAUACCAAACGACCUGUUGUUCUUUCAUCCAAAAAAUUAAAUGCACAUUAUGUGAAAUUUUUGGCCAAGUUUCGAAUGCUAAUUAACCGGGUGAAGCAACGAAACACUGGGGGAUACACAACUCAGGGUGAUGAUCCCAAGUAUACCAUCUUAAAAACGCUUUUGUAUUUAAAAGGGGGUUCUGUCAGUAGCACAACCAGUUGCCCGUCUAGUAGGGGUGACCGCGGGAGGGAAGGGACAAGGGGGCCCACAAACAGAAAGGAUCCUCUCAGAGAUUUACUACUCUUGGACGGCCAAAGCGAAGGAGAUCACUACGAGGUGUACAGAGCCAUUUCCACAAUUCGCUUUUUGAGGGAAAACCUGCAUAUCCUCCGGAUGGACAUCAUCUACAUUUUUGUCUUUUUCGCGUCGUAUCUGAAUGGCAUCUUGGCGAGGUUGCAAAGGGGGCGAAAUGGUGAGGAGGUGAAGUCGUGA